GUGGUCUAUGACUGUAACACUAGCAUUUGGCAGGUGUUGAAAGGAGUUCAAGACCAGCCUGGACUACACAGUAAGUUCAAGGUCAGUCUGUAUUACCCAAGACCCUGUCAAUAAAUGUAAUUAAAAUUACUCUUGACAGGCAGUGGUGGCUCAAUAGGAGAUUGUAAUCCUAUCAAUAGGAGAUUUCCAGUCCAGUAUAGGCUACACAAAUGAGUUGCAGAGCAGCCUGGUUGAGAGAGACUGUCUUUUUAAAAAAUCACAACUUCUCUUCUCUUAUGGGGGGGGGGGCGCAUUAAGAAACCAAAAGCACUCUUUUGGUCACAGCUGGCCUGAUCUUGGAAUCAAAACCCAAACCCUACAAAGGAAAAGAAAGGUGACAGGCCAUUAGCAGAGACAAAGGAAUCUCCAACUGCGGAGAAAAGCCAGGUUCCGAGAAAGAGCCCCCACCUCGGCCACAUGUUCCCAUGUCCUCAAUCUAAAGUCAGAGCCACCCGAGCAUGUGCAGCAGGGUGAAGCGACUCAUUAUUAUUAUCAUUAUUAUUAUUAUUAUUAUUUUGCAUAUUUUCUGGUGUUUUAUACUCCAGAGUACUGGGUUUAAAAGCAUGCACCACUACUGCCCAGCCGACUUUAAGUCUUUAUUAUUGUCUCUGCUUUUCUGAGAUAGGUUCUUGUUAUACACGUCAGACUGGCCUGAAACUCUUGAUCCUUCUGCUUCUACCCAGGUUUCAAUCUUUAGUCAGUUUCCAUAAAUGCCUUUACUGUUUCAGGAGUGCGCUAAAAUAAUAGCCAUCAAUACUGAAACAGUAUAGAAUUUUGCUUUUCUCAACUCCUCGGACCCAGAAGGUUCAGCUUCUAGCUAUAUAAACUCAGGCAACUAGAAUUACAGCUUCAGAAGACGCUAAAGCGACUAUCUUCCUGCCCUUCUGUAUUUGGAGACCUAUCCAAGACUGUCCUUGACUCUCCUUCCUCACCCACUUGAGUGCUAUAGUCACAAGGAUGUGCGACUGAGCUAGCUAAACACCUACACUUCUUAAUGGGCUUUGAAAUUUAGCCACAAACGCCCACAGCCUGUGAAUGGGCGGAGACUCAUCCUCGGAAAAACUCGGCAGUGGGCGGGGUCUUCUCUCGAAGAGCUUCCGGAAUCUUUCGGGCAGAGGCGGAGUCUUCUGCCGAGGGCCGUUCGGGAAGAGGCGGAGCCUAUCUCUCAUCAGGACCAGUCUGACUGCACCUGCAUCCUUAGCUCAGAGCAUCCCUGGAGCAUCUAAGAGGAAAGCGCAGCUAGCAACCAGGGAUCGUACUGCAGGGGCAAUCGGCCAUGCACCUUCCCCUCCCCUGAUCUGGAGGUCUACAGCCGCGGCCUCGGUACUGACCGAGAUUCCCAAAGUUGUCUGACCUCUGCAAAAGUGUUUCUAUCAACAGCCUCUGAUUACAACAUGGCUGAGAUCACAAAUAUACGCCCCAGCUUUGAUGUGUCACCGGUAGCGGCUGGCCUCAUCGGGGCCUCCGUGCUGGUGGUGUGUGUUUCAGUGACUGUCUUUGUGUGGACGUGCUGCCACCAGCAGGCAGAGAAGAAGCACAAGACCCCGCCAUACAAGUUCAUUCAUAUGCUGAAAGGCAUUAGCAUCUACCCAGAGACCCUCAGCAACAAGAAGAAAAUCAUCAAAGUUCGGAGAGACAAAGAUGGCCCUCGGAGGGAAAGUGGACGAGGGAACCUGUUAAUAAACGCGGAGUCUGGCCUGCUGAGCCACGACAAGGAUCCCAGAGGGCCUAGCCCUGCAUCUUGUAUGGACCAGUUACCCAUCAAAAGAGACUAUGGGGAAGAACUGAGGAGCCCCAUGACAAGCCUGACCCCUGGUGAGAGCAAAGCCACCUCCCCAUCCUCGCCAGAGGAAGACGUGAUGUUAGGCUCUCUUACCUUCUCCGUGGACUACAACUUUCCCAAGAAAGCUCUGGUGGUGACAAUCCAAGAGGCUCACGGGCUGCCAGUGAUGGAUGACCAGACCCAGGGCUCCGAUCCCUACAUCAAAAUGACCAUUCUCCCGGACAAGCGGCAUCGAGUGAAGACCCGAGUGCUUCGCAAGACGCUGGACCCGGUGUUCGAUGAGACCUUCACCUUCUACGGCAUCCCGUACAGCCAGCUGCAGGACCUGGUGCUGCAUUUCCUGGUGCUCAGCUUUGAUCGAUUCUCUCGGGAUGACGUCAUCGGAGAGGUCAUGGUGCCAUUGGCUGGAGUGGACCCCAGCACAGGCAAGGUUCAGCUGACCAGGGACAUCAUCAAGAGGAACAUUCAGAAGUGCAUUAGCAGAGGGGAACUCCAGGUAUCUCUGUCAUACCAGCCCGUCGCACAGAGAAUGACAGUGGUGGUCCUCAAAGCCAGACACUUGCCGAAGAUGGAUAUCACCGGUCUCUCAGAUCCUUAUGUCAAGGUGAACGUCUACUACGGCAGAAAACGCAUUGCCAAGAAGAAAACCCAUGUAAAGAAGUGCACUUUGAACCCCGUCUUCAAUGAGUCGUUCAUCUAUGACAUCCCCACCGACCUUCUGCCUGAUAUCAGCAUCGAGUUCCUUGUCAUUGACUUCGAUCGCACUACUAAGAAUGAGGUGGUAGGGAGGCUGAUCUUGGGGGCACACAGUGUCACAACCAGUGGUGCGGAACACUGGAGAGAGGUCUGCGAGAGUCCCCGCAAGCCCAUAGCCAAGUGGCACAGUCUGAGCGAGUACUAACCCUGGGGCCAGGUGGGGAGGCACAUGGCGGGGAGAGGUGACAGAGAAGCUGACUCAAAACCUCAUUUUAGUCGUAGAAGAAGAUUUCUUACAGAACAAACCACACGAAGAACCUCACACUCCACACAGCUGCAGAUUGGUUCUUAGCGUGAGGAUUGCUUUCUUCUUUGCAAGGCACUAGACGAUCUUUUGUUUUUAAAAAUGAGGGGGGAAGAGAAGGAAAGACCCCAAGUCUAUAUAUAACAAUGUAACCUUAUACUUGCAUGUCUAAUACAAACAAGAAAUUAGCCUAACCAAUAUCAAGUUGCAGAUUUUAAUCCAUGAAAAUUGUGUUUUGUGCCGAAUUGUAUUUGCUGAUCCCCUGAAAUUGGCCUCUCUUUAUCAGGCUUCUCUGGGUUAUUCCAGUCCCCCAUCACUGCAGGAGAAAAGUCUGCCCUUGUAAAGCCCCGCGUUCCCGUCAUCCAGUCCUUUUUUCUGUCACCUCUCACAUCUCUGCUCUUUGGCUGAGUUCCAAAUCCUGAGGUCUGUAGUAAGCAAAGAAAAGAGUUGGGUUUCCAGGAAAAAGAGUAAUUGAGAAUGGGGUGUGUGCUGUAAAAGGCUAACAGGCAGCCAGUGACUAGAGAUAUCCCCGUGAGCACAGGAGAGGUGGGGCUGGACUUAGGACUCACUAGCUGAUUUCUCUAGUUGCUAUGGAGAUAUCACCUGGGGAGGGACCUGUGAGCACAGCAUAUCCUGAAUGCGACUUGCAGGUCAGGGGACAGAGGAGGAAAUAAGAUGCCCACGUGGCCCUCUGUGGUAGGCUCUUCAUCGGUGGUCAGCAGUGCUAGGUUUGAAAGGUUACACUGGCUUUUACUUUUCCAGAGCUGCUUCUGAAGCUCUGGUGUCUCCACAUUAUGUAGCUGCCAACACAGGUUGCUUUCUGUCUCUUAAGGAAAUGGGCCCCAGAAAGGACUCUUUCUCCCUGAGUUUUACAGUAAUGGCUCUUAAGAAAGCCACGUGGGCCGGGCGGUGGUGGCACACGCCUUUAAUCCCAGCACUCGGGAGGCAGAGGCAGGCGGAUUUCUGAGUUCGAGGCCAGCCUGGUCUACAAAGUGAGUUCCAGGACAGCCAGGGCUACACAGAGAAACCCUGUCUCAAAAAACCAAAAAAAAAAAAAAAAAAAAAAAAAAAAAAAAAAAAGAAGAAAGCCACGUGGGGCUGAGUAGUAAGAUCAUGUGAAUGCCUUGAGAGCCCCACUCUCCUCAGCAGAAGCGCACGGCUGGAGAACUGGGAGUCUCCCCACACGGUGAAGGGUGGAAACCAAAGUUUCACCAUCUCUCUGCCACUGCACAACACAGUGCAGAGCUUGCACACUGUGCUGCAGUUCAGAUCCAGGUCUCCACAUGGAGGCUUUGGGAACGAGGGGUGAGAGUGGAUGGGCAGUGCCGACUUUGACAGCCUGAAGAGGAUCUCAGUCAGAUGAGAAACAGCUUGAUCCAGGGCCUGAAAGAUUAGCUGUAACUGAAGUGCCCACGUCCCUAAAGACCGUCACUUUCUAGCUUGCUUCUGAGAAGGGGUGGACCAGCUGACUUUCCAUGGAGAGGGUUGGUGACAAUGCCUUUGGUGGUUCCCCUCGUGCUUGUAGAUCUGAAUCCACUCUGCCCCCCUGCAACCUUUCAUUUGCUUUUUGUUUGGUUGGUUUUGCUUUUGCUUCUGUUUUUGUUUGUUUUUGUUUUCUGCCGACUCUUGGCAAGGCAGAGCAGUGCUGUACAGGCAGGCAGCCCCACUGUGCUCUUGCUACUGAUAGCUCUUCCAUCCCAUCAUCUGACUCAGUGUCUCGCCAUCAGCUGGGAUCACACCACUAGUCCCUGUCCUUUAACCCAUGGAAUGUAAAUAUUGUAUCAUACGUAGAAGAAAAUACUUUUUGUUUUCUAAAAAGGCAUUUUGACAUAGUUUAAUGAAAACCCGGCAGGAGCAUUCUAAGCCCCAUUAGGGAAAAAAAAAAAAAAAAAAAAAAAAGGAAAUGGUUCCUCUUCGUCGCCUUAAUGUGUAAAGAUCAGAAGUCACUGAGCAGCUCCUCGGAGAAGAUGCGAAGUGACAGGUGGAGCCUGGCCUCUGUCCCGCUGUGUGUGCCUCUGUUGCUCCCCCUGAGAAGUCUGGGAAACAGCGCUCCUCCCUUCCCCAUCCCGCUGCAGCUCAAUCCCUUGCAUCCUCUGGGUCUGCAGAGCAGAGGGUGCUGGUGGAGGAGCCAGUACUUCUACAGGCUCGGGGCUGCCUCGGUGUCUGUCGGGGUGGGCAGUACAGGAUUCCUCCCUCCUACCUCAGGCCUGAUCCAUCAUGCCCUGGACGCGGUACCCUAGAGCUUCUUAGCUGACUCUGGCUGUCACAUCUGUUCUUCACAGAGCUCGCUGAUGUGGGUAGAGGCAGAAUGCCUCUCCCUGUCCAAUGAAAGACAAGAGAGUCGCUUCCUAGCUUUUGCACAAGGCUCUUGUGGUUAGGAAUAGGUUAGGGAAAGGUCACUCCUGAUUUCCCAGCAGCCAAUCUGUCUAUGGAGAUUUCUUGACUCUUUGGGAACUCUGAGAGCUAUUCACAAUAUCAGAAGUUCCCUCUUGAGUUCUUCCUUCUUUUGGUUCUCAGCACGGCCACAGUGUACAUGUUUAUGGACAAUGCUGUGCUGGAGAGCAGACAGAAGGCUGUGUGGGACCAGGGGGCCCUACUUAGGAGGGGGAUAGGAAGACAAAAUUUUAACACUGGUCAUAGUGACAUUGCCCUCACCACGAUCCCUCUCCAAAGUGGUCGUCUUUCUUUACCUUGUGUCUUCUCUUGUAAAAAUAAAACUCAAGAAAAAAAAAAUACAAGUGUCAAACUAAAAAGAAAAAAAAAUGGAAAAAGCUAACAUGAACUGUGUGAAAUUGCAUACUGCUGUGACGCUAACCUGCAAUAUGUAAUGCUAUCUUGUAUGUGGACCUUGUUAAUGCGCCACACACGUGCAGAAUAAAGACUGAUUCUGAUUAAAUAGGCA